AUGGCUACACCGGCGGUGUACUCCUCCCUCGACAAAGAAGACCGGGUCGACGACAAAAACCCCGGUCUAGCAAGCGACUCCCCCAUCCCUCAAACAACAGACUUCAAAAGAUUGUAUAAGUUGGAUAGUUGGCUGAAAUGGUAUGUCAUAACUCUUGGCAUAUACCUAGUCGGUGCCAUAUUCUGCGUAGCGUGGUCGUACACCGGCGCACUGCUCGAUAACGAUGCUUCAAAACGUCGAGUCUUUCGAACAGGCGAUUCUGUACCCGUUGAUCAACUCUACUCUGGUAUUGCGCUCUCAGCCCUCCUAGCACCAGCAGCUGUACUCGUUCAAUUCGUCGUCUUUGAUUUUCGGAGAUUGCAUUUAUUCGCGCUCACGACGCAGCAACCUGUUGCGAUUAGAGAUCUGGAUGAUAUCGCAGAGGGUGUUACGCUGUUGACGCUACCGGCUGUUAUGAAGUAUUCGUGGUGGUAUGGAGUCAUGCAUACCUUUUUGAUCAUAACAAGAACGUUGCUUGUGCCGGUGGGAACGCUGUCGCUUACUGUUGGGCCGUAUGGGCAUUAUAAGGAGGGCUGGGGUGUUGUGGGUGUUCCGAUUGCGCGGGAUGCAGUGGGGAGUAACGUCACGGCGCUUUCGACUGCGAUGGGUGCGAGUCCGGACUUGGAGUUUCAUCCGUCGCUUUCGAAGAAUGAUACGUUUUUGUCUCAAACGGUGUUCACGUUUGUGGGGAGUCUUGUUUCGCAGAAUGCGUUGGCCAAUGUUGACUCUGGCGUCUUGGGGCCUGUGCCUACUCACAACCUCACUUUUGCUACAAACACGACCUACGAUGGGUUGGUCUUCUUCAACUGGACCGCUGCAUGCGAGGCAGCUACUGAAGUGAACUAUACUUCUUACAAAGAGGACGGCAACACGAUUUACAACUUCACCCUCCCUGAUGACAGCGUGGAGAGCAUCGAGCUGCUUUCUCAAGGUUCACAGAGAAUUCGACUCUGGAGUAACGCCUCAGUUCACGGCACAAACAAGAUCCCAACGUCAGGCACGACGUACUUCCUCUCAGCUACGAAAUCUAUCCCGAAUAUCAACGAAACCGCUCUACGCAACAGAGGCAACGACAAGAGUUUGGUGCAAACAGACGGAGGAGACUGGAUCUCUCGCACGAAAUGCACGCCCUCCAUCAGAUGGCUCGUUGGCUCGUGCACCUUCAACGGCACGAUAAUGACAUCCUGCACCGAAGCCCCAGGGUCCAACCAAACAGCGCUUGACACAGAUGCUCUCGAUGCGCUGGGCGUGUACAUGUCUGCUAUUCCAUGGUACAUCUUCCGCAACCAAAUCGGCAUUGUUGACGAUACCCUCGAUGCUCUUUACGCGAUUCCCACGGCGGAAGACUUUGGUCACUUCUUUGGCAACAUGGCUCACGCGAUCGUGUCGAUCAGCACAGCUGGAUAUUUCGGUACUUCAUCUGUUCCUAUGCUCUCCCACAUCACGGAAUCAGUGUACAUCGUGCGCUGUAGUAUUCUCAUUGCCGUAACAGUCAUGCUGUUCUUGUCGGUAUCUGUCUCGAUCAUCGACAUCAUUCGGAAUAGGAUGAAGCAUCUUCCUCAACUUCCAGCGUCGUUCCUUGCUAUCGCACAUGCUGUGAGGGGCUCUUGGUGGGAUAACGAGUUGAGCGGCUACAGACCGUGGGAUAAGAUGAAGACGAUGAGUGAUGGGGCGGAGGCGGUCAUGUUUGGCGUUGACACGGAAGACUCGAGAUUCAUCAGGCUUGCACCGUCUGUUGCACCGAUCCGUUGUUGA